AUGGAGUCGCGCCGCGCCGCACCGCGGCGCACGCUGCCUGCCAAUCCGCAGCGCAGCACCCGCUCGUCGUCGCGCGUCUCGGCCGCCGCUCCGCCGCUGCGUGCCGGCCGUGCCAGCAGCUUCGUGCGCUCGAGCCGUCUGGGCAGCGCCGAGACCGACGACGAGUCUGCGGGCCGCGCGCCGCCCGAGCGCUACGCUCUCGUGCCCAGCAGCCGGACGCGAGUGUCGCACGUACUGCGACGCGCCGAGCCAGAGGAAGUCGAGGAGGAGGAGGAGUACGCGCAGGAAGAAGCGGCGUACGAGAUGGAGCCGCAGGACGACUACGACGGCAUGUCGGAGCAGGACCGCACGGCCGUGCCGCGCUACAGCACCGCGCGCCAGCGUCAGUCUUCCUCGCGCACCGGCGGCGCGACGUCCUUUGCCGAGAACGCCGCCUCGUCUCCGCCGGCCGUGUCGCCGCGCAAGCGUCCUGCAGGCCGCACGCAGACUUCGCGACUGUCCGAGUCGGUCCGCCCAGCGUCGCGUAACGCCUACUCUGCGCGCGUCGCCCAAGAGCUCCUGCGCCCGCGCAUGAGUGCUGUCGACGACGCCCGUCGUCCGGACGCAGCUUUCGAGGCACCGGCCGCUCGGCGCCCUCGCGCGACGAUGCCGAGCCGAGAACGCAACCGGCUGUCCUCGGAGCAGGACCGCAGCCUGCCGCGCCCGACUCAGACCACGCAGUCCGCCAGCUUCGCCACGGCCGUCGAGCGCCUUCGCGGCGGCCGCAGCAGCGGUGCUGGCAACGUGUCCGGACGUGCGCCGUCUGGUCGCGGCGACAUCUCGGGCAACCAGAGCGUCGUGUCCUUCGCGCCCGACAGCAGCUAUGUGCGUCGCCGCUCGCAGCUCGCGACCUCGGAGGGCCGCUCGACGUCGCGCACAACCUCCGUCGCCGGUGCACCUCGCCUGCGCCGCAGCCUGGUCGGCGACGACGGCCAGAUCCACGAGCCAAGCCUGGCUGAGCGCUGCGGCGCCCUCGAGACGAACGCCAGCAAGCUGUUGUCAUUCUAUGCCGGCCUUGUGCAGGAUGGCGCCAAGUCCGGCUCGGUCGCGGAGAUGCGGCGCUGCUGGGACCCCUUCCACUCGUACAAGACCAACCAGCUCCUCGCCGAGGGCCAGUACCACAACCACUUCAUCGACGCGUCGGCCGUGCGCUCUGCCAGUCUGCUCGAGGAUCCGCCGGAGUACUUUGAUCGCUCGCUGGCGCUCGCCAACCGCGCCACGUUCGUGCACUACGUGUACGGCGUGCCGGCCAACGCAUCGUCGGCGGACCUCGGCACGGGCGGCUACAUGCAUCGCUCGCUGACGGAGCUGCUCGAUGCUCGGCGCGUCUUUCUGGCCUGGAUUGUGCCGGCGGACGUGGCCAUCAGCGACGAUGUGCUGGCGCUGCAUCUCGACCUCUGCACGCAGGUGUACCUUGCACGUCGUCGCGCGGAUCGCGCCCUGCCGCGUGCUGCUCGCAAGCGUGCCAUUGAGCACCGCGACGACUCGCUGUCCGCUGAGGCCGUCCGUGCUGCGCUGCUGCGCGCUCGCGUCGCGCGCCAGAUGCGUUCGGCGGAGGUGGAGGAGAUCGUGCGUCGCUUUGAGCAGCUCGCGCGUGCGCGUGUCUUCCAGAUCGAGAGCCUGGACGACGACGUCGAGCUGAUGGCUAAGGAGUGGCCCCUCCGCGGCACCGCCGUCGACAUGGCCCGCUUCGUGGGCUAUCUCGAUGCGCCCGGACAGCCGCCGGCAUGCUCUUCGUCGCUGAUUGGGCUGCUCGACGAUCUCGCGCGCAUGUCCGCCGACGGACAGGACGUGUCUGACGAGGUCGCCGACACCGACGACCUGCGGAGCGGCAGUGGCAGUGUGCUCAUCGAGGACGAAGAGGAGGCGUCGGCGGCGUUGGCCCGCCAGAGCACGCCUCGCGGCAUCGCAGUCGGCGCACCUGUCGAGAGCGACCUCGAAGCUGAGGAAGACGUCAUGUCUGAGGCUGCGGAGAGCGUGUUCAAGGACGCCGAGACUGGCUCGCCUGCCGCUUCCAGCCAGCAGGACCUGGACAGCAUCGACUUGCAGAAGAUGGAGUGGCUUAACGAGCUGGCUCAGCAGGACGGCACAAACGCAGAGGCUCCUGCCAAGCGGCAGAGAGUGGCGGCCCCUGCCAGCAAGCCGCUUGCUGUGCCGAUCGCUGGAGACUCGCAGCUCAGUUCCCUGCUGGACCUGACUGCCUCGCAGAAGCUGCAGCAGCUCAACGGACUCGCACUGGACGACACUGCGGUCAUCUUCGGCUCGAGCGUGGCAGAUCUCACGCCGCGGGCCAGCAUCGCCCUCACGGCUCAGAAAGUGAUCCAGCAGAUGGGCGAGGACGACGCGGCCGCGGGCUAUCCGGCCGCUGUGCGAGCUUCACUCGCCGAGCUCAACACACCGCAGCGACAGAAUGCGUCCAGCAUCAUGGCGCAGCUGAAGGCGUCAGCGUCGCGUCGCUCGAUCGGAGCUGACGCUGCCGUGCACGAGCGGGUGGCUACGCAUGACGGGUCGGAGGGCGAGGAGCAGCUCGUGAACGGCGCUGAGCAGGCAGCUGCAGGCAGCCCGGCUGCUCGCCUCCGCUUCGACUCGCAGAAGCGCAUCGUACGGACCAACGAGCCGGCUGCUGCAAGCAUUCUCGCAGCGGGCAAGGGCACCGGCGUGCGUCUCGACCGCUUCGAUGAAGACGACGAGGAUGGCAACAUCUUCCUCGAGGCCCCGCGCAAGCAGGCAAAGACGGCUGCCGCGGCUCGUUCCAAGAGCAAAGCUGCUGCUGCUGGCAAUCAGGCGGAGUCCGAGGUCGACGCGCCAAGCGCGGCCGGCCGCACGCGCCGCACCACCCGCGCACAGUCCUCCAGACAGGCCAGCGCCAACCCCGGCACGCCACGUCGCCGCGCUCAGGCGCGUGGACAGUCCUCUGCCAGCAAGAGCAGAGCCGACGGGCAAGAAGACGCUGCGUUCUUGAACCAGCCCGAGAUGCCCGCGUUCGACGAGAUGCCCGAGGUGGAGCUUGAAGAGGAGCGCGGUCGCAACGACGGCGUCGAGGCGCCGUUUGUCGACGAGGCGGACGAGAACCAGCCUCCGCCGAAUGGGCAGCGCAGCUUCAGGCGCUCGGGUGUGCGUCGUUCGCAGUCACCGGCGGCCGACUUCGAGGUCGACGAGGAGGAGCUCGUCGAUGUGAACACGCUUCUCUCGCAGAGCCGCAAGCGUCGCCGUGCAGGCCAGUUGAACAUUCCAGCACCGCGCGGCACCGCAGCUCGCAGCCAAAGCCGCGCUGCGGGCCAGCCGAGCGACCUGCUCGAUGUCAGCUCCGACGGCAGCAGCGAGGGCGAGUACGUUGUGGAGGAGCUGGGGCCCAGGCCGCGAGGCAGGGGUUCGGCCCUCGAGCGCCGGCGGAAGCGCAGGGGCUACGACGCACCCGGCAGCAAGAACGCGUCUGUUCCCGUCAUCGCCGACGAGGCAAAUGAAGACGACCAAGUCGACGAGGGCGCAGGCGCUGCGCCACCGGCAUCUGCCGCGGCGCCGCGCAAGAGCACCCGCGGUGAGCUCAUCGGCUCCGGCGCCGGAUCGGCCACGCGCACGCGUGCUCGCGCCGCGCAAGCACCUGCGGAACAGGAAGGCGAUGCGGAGCAGCCGGACGAAGCCCAGGAGCCGCCGCCGUCGAAUGACGACCGGCGCAGCGCGAGCCGCAUUGUCAGCAAAGCGCCCGCCUCCCGCGGACGUCCAGCGACGCAGACGCGCAAGAUCGUCCGGCCAAACAAGAACGCCCGGAAGUACGUCAUUGGAAAGGGCCAUAUCGGACGCCGCACGUGGACCGACGAGGAGGAGGUGGUGUUCAUGGACGCGCUCAAUGCCCUCUACAAGCACAAGAAGAAGAACGCCAGCUACGCGAUCUACGCGGAGGUUCUCAAGCUGCAUGGGCCCAACGGCAGCGAGUCGGAAGAGCUGGCCAAUUGGAACAAUGUGCAGCUCAAGGACAAGGCGCGCAACAUUCUCAUCAGCUUGCAGCGCGAUGGGCUAUCAACUCCGAACUGGGGCAAGUAUCUGCACCCCACGCUGUGGGAGCCCAAGCCGGACGUCCCGCGCAGCCGCCGAGAGCGCACACACGAUCCUCAAGUCAGCGGCAGCGAGGAGGACGACGAAGAUGAGAUUACUGGCGCGAGCGACGAGGAGUACACGCCGCGCCGGACGGGCCGCAACGCGCCCAAGCGCUCUCAGCCCGAUGCAGCAGACGAGGAAGAGCGCGCCAGCGCAGCGCCUGCCGGCGGCGCAGACGGUGCUGCCGACGACAACAACGUCGACGCCGGUGCAGAGUCCGAAUCCUCCGUCGCGGCGGUGGAGAGCCAGAUCCCGUCGACUGCCGGCUAG